AUGGCCAUGGCGUCCCCGGCCAUCGGGCAGCGCCCUUACUCGCUCCUGCUGGACCCGGAGCCUCCGCGCUACCUGCAGAGCCUGAGCGGCUCCGAGCCUCCUCCGCGGCCCGGGCGAACCCCGCGCCGCUGCGGCUCUGUGCCCAUCUCCACCGCGCCCGGGGCGCACGACGGGCGCGGAGCGCGGGGGGCACUGGUGGGGGACCUGGAGCCGCAGCCUCGGCCCCCCAGGCUCCCUCGCUCCCUCCGGCCAGGGCUUCAGCAGAGGCUGCGGCGGCGCCCCGGGGCGCCGCGGCCCCCGGACGUGAGGAGCAUCUUCGAGCAGCCGCGCGACCCGCGCGUCCCGGCUGAGCGCGGCGAGGGGCAUUGCUUCAUCGAGCUGGCUCUGCGGGCUGACUCCGGCUGGUGUGAUCUGUGCGGCCGGGAGGUGCGACAGCGGGCGUUACGCUGUGCCAACUGCAAGUACACCUGCCACCAGGAAUGCCGAAGCCUAAUCCAGCUGGACUGCAGUCAUCAGCAGGGGCAGUCCCGGGACAGAACAUCACCAGAAACCACCCUCACCCCAAGCUUCAGCCAGAAUGUCUGCAAACCUGUGGAAGAGGAGAAGCGCCAGGCCCCUACACUUAAGGAAAUCAAGCAGAAAAUUGACAGCUACAAUAGCAAGGAGAAAAACUGCCUGGGCAUGAAGCUGAGUGAUGACGGCACCUAUACAGGCUUCAUUAAAGUGCAUCUGAAACUUCGGAGGCCGGUGACAGUGCCGGCUGGGAUCCGGCCCCGUUCUAUCUACGAUGCCGUCAAAGAGGUGAACCUGGCCGCCACCACAGACAAGAGGACGUCCUUCUACUUGCCGCUGGACGCCAUCAAGCAGCUGCAUAUUAGCAGUACCACCACAGUCAGCGAAGUCAUCCAGGGGCUUCUCAAGAAGUUCAUGGUAGUGGACAAUCCCCAGAAGUUUGCUCUGUUUAAGCGGACUCACAAGGAUGGACAAGUGCUGUUUCAGAAGCUCUCCAUCAAUGACUGUCCCCUCUACCUUCGCCUACUGGCCGGCCCUGACACAGACAUCCUCAGUUUCGUGCUAAAGGAGAAUGAGACAGGAGAGGUGGAGUGGGAUGCCUUCUCCAUCCCGGAGCUCCAGAACUUCUUAACCAUCCUGGAAAAGGAAGAACAAGACAAAAUCCAGCAAGUGCAGAGGAAGUAUGACAAAUUCAAGCAAAGACUGGAGGAACUCUUGAGAGAUGCCCAGGGCAAACCUGGCUAACCCUGCCUGCCUCUCCUUCCUCCCUUGUCCUGGAACAGCUUCAGAGGAGAAUGGAUUGGUAUUCUUAAUAUUUUGCCAGACACUUUUCUCAGGACACAUCUGGCUGGGCACUCUUGUGCUCACUCCCAAGUUGUUCCAGAUGGAGCAGUAACUUCUCCGAUGUGUUCUGUCUCGGGAUUUUUCCUCUUGCCCCUCCCCGUGUCACCCCUCGGCCCCCAGAGACGCUGUUGAGGAAGCAGUACUGGUGUUUUAAGAGAAUCUUUCUCUUGCUCUGUCAAACUACAGGCCUUUCAGAAACCCACUAGCUGCCUUGAUGCAUCACCAAUCCAGGACCCAUCACUCUGGUUGGCAAAGGCAGAUAUGGGAAAAACAAGGGAAAGUGAUUUUGAAGAGAUGCAUCUUCCUUCUUGGACCUUUGUUCUGCCCUCUCUUCCUUCCCUUCUCUUACUGAACAGCUUUAUUUAUUGAGUCACAUAAUAAAAGAGCUGAAUGUUCAUUUGUGGAGACCUAGCAGGCUCACAGUAGACCACCAGAAGCAGGUGGAGGAAGGGGAAUAGCAGGAAAGGAGGAGGGAGUGCAUUAGCUAGUACCUUCUCCUCUGCUCUCACCCCUCCCCCAGCUACAGGUGCCUAUAAUUCAGGCUCAGAGAUGCCUCCUAAAGUCACUGAGUGGCUUAGGUUAGGGGUUUCCAUAGAGGUCAUCAGUGUGAGCCUCUCCAGCACAUGAUGAUAUUAUGAGGGUGAUGUCUUAGGUGCAUGUGUGUGUGUUUGUGAGUGGGUGUGCACACAUCCACAUCUGUCAGAAAAUUUUUCUCAACAUAAAUUUGAUGCUGUUUCCAUCCUCCUGAUAUUUCUCCCAAAGUGAAAUUGGCCUCUUUCCUGCCCAGGGGUUAUUUUAAACUUUUGUUCCUGAGAAAGGAGACUGAGGUGGACAGAGAUUAAAAUGUAUUUCAGAAAAUCAUCUAUCAAGCAACCUCCAACCUCUGGGAGUAGGAAAGAGGCUCUAUCGUGCCUGAGAUGCCCUGACCCAGAUGUCCCAGGGCUGCUACCACUGCUCCCUCCCUCUGCCUUCUGCCUCAGGCCCUGGUCCUGUGGGAUUCCUGUUGCGGCCAGAAGACCUGCCUUCCUCAGAGAAGUAGGGAACUACAAACUCAACCCUUCCAUUCUGAAGACUAGGUACUAUGCCUGGAGUGACCCCAAAAUGGAAGGAGAGCCCCAGGGGUCCUUGUCUCCCCUUUAACCUCAGUGCCUUUCUGUCUUUAAAGGGAGUGUGGGAAUAAGUUCAAGGUUCCAAGAUGCUGCUUGCCUGGUGCCCUGCCCCUGUCUGAUCAUGCCAGACAGAGGAUGGCUGGCAGAGUAGGUUGAGGAAAGACCCCCUUCUCAGCCCACCAAAGGAGAGAAUGGACUUUUCUUCCCUUAUCACAGCUGCCUCUGUGGGGGGUUCUGGGAGGAGGAGGGACACAUGGCUUCCUGACUGCUGGUUUGUACUGGCUCAUUGGAUUGGUGCAAAUUUCAAUUAAAAACCAACCAACCAAUUCACGCUACCAGCCAGUUAUAUAAAGAUGGAGAGGCAGCAGGGACUAAUGGGUCAGCUUUCAGAGUCGGGAAGACCUGGGUUCAAGUCCCUGCUCUGAUAGAGUGGCUUUGUGACACAAGGCAAAUCACUUAACCUCAGCGCCCCAGUCAACUUUCUAAGACUGUGUAAGCUGUGAGCAGAUGCUGAUGUUCAUUGGUAGAUGUGCCCUCUGCUGAUGGAACCACAUCACAGGCUUAGGCCAAGAAAACAAGAAAAACACACUUCAAGGCAAGGACAGAAGGAUUGUAAUUUUCACCUGAGGGCUGGACUCCAGGCCCAGCCCUUGAGAGACCCUUUUUUUCCUUGCCCUCAGUUUCCAAAUUCCCAAAUCCCCAUUACUUCGUAGGUAAGCUCGCAUCCCAGCUUCUCCAGGGCUUCAAAGGGUGUUCUCCCUUCCCGUCUCUCCCACUAAACAUUCACCUUCAUUGUUGCCUCUGGAGAAUACAGGUGUAUGUGUGUGUGUACAUACAUAAAUACGUUACAUAUAGUGUACAUUAUAUAUGUAUGUAUACCCACAUGCACAGUCUUUAUAUAUGUAAAAGCAAGAGUAGCAACCUAUAAAUACCCCUUCUCCCCCGACCCCACAUCUCACUGCACACCUCCCCCCCACCAAAAAAAAAAAACCCAACCCUCCUCUCCCUCUGGUUUAAAUUAAGGGAAAAAACCCAUUUCCCUUGAUCCUGCAUGUCUACAACCUGGGUAUAAGGCAUGGCUCUCGCUGCAACUGCCGUGAAUGCUGCUGAAAACCUCCCUCCAAUGGGAAAGGCGAUUUUAUUUUUAAGGGGAAUAAAGAAAACUAU